AUGCCUCAGGUCCAAGCUGCUCAGGCUGCCAAGCCAACAAGCCAGUGGAUCAGCAUGGUAGAAAACUUCAGUCAGGCUCCGAAGAAAAUUGGUGGUGGGGAGAACUGGGCAGAUCGAGAACGGAUUGGCCAGGAUUCUGCUUAUGAGCAAGAAGGAAAGGUGCAGUUUGUCAUUGAUGCAGUCUAUGCCAUGGGUCACGCACUACACAAUAUGCACAAGAACUUGUGUCCAGGGAAGAUUGGUCUUUGCCCCAAGAUGGAUCCAGUAGAUGGCGCAGAGUUGCUCAAAUAUAUCCGGAAUGUCAAUUUCUCAGGUAUUGCUGGAACCCCAGUGACAUUUAAUGAGAAUGGAGAUGCUCCAGGCCGCUAUGACAUCUACCAGUACCAGAUCAAGAAUGCAACACCUGAGUACAAAGUUAUUGGGCACUGGGCAGAUCAUCUAAACUUAAAAAUGGAACGCCUGCAUUGGCCUGGGGGAGGCAGUCGGGUGCCCACCUCCAUUUGCAGCCAGCCAUGCAGGCCAGGUGAAAGGAAGAAGCUGGUGAAGGGCAUCCCAUGCUGCUGGCACUGUGAGCGCUGUGACGGAUACCAGUAUCAGCAAGACGAGUUCCACUGCAAGGUGUGCCGUCUCAGCGAGCGCCCCAAUGAGAACCACACUGGCUGCAUCCCCAUCCCCAUUGUUAAACUGGAGUGGAGCUCUCCUUGGGCUGUGGUGCCCGUUUUCAUUGCCAUUGUGGGCAUCAUUGCCACCCUCUUUGUAGUGGUGACGUUUGUGCGCUACAACGACACACCUAUUGUCAAGGCCUCAGGGCGGGAACUAAGCUACGUGCUGCUGACGGGUAUCUUCCUUUGCUAUGCCACCACUUUCCUGAUGAUUGCUGAGCCUGACUUGGGCACCUGCUCCUUGCGGCGUGUCUUUCUGGGCCUGGGCAUGAGCAUCAGUUACGCUGCCUUGCUGACCAAAACCAAUCGCAUCUAUCGCAUCUUCGAGCAGGGCAAGAAGUCAGUCAGCGCCCCACGCUUUAUCAGCCCUGCUUCCCAGCUGGUCAUCACCUUCAGCCUCAUAUCUCUGCAGCUCCUAGGGGUCUGCAUCUGGUUCAUUGUGGACCCUUCACACUCCGUCAUCGACUAUGAGGACCAGCGGACUACAGACCCCCGCUUUGCCCGGGGAGUCCUCAAGUGUGACAUUUCUGACCUGUCUCUCAUCUGUUUGCUUGGAUACAGCAUGCUGCUCAUGGUAACCUGCACUGUGUAUGCUAUAAAGACCCGUGGGGUUCCUGAGACCUUUAAUGAAGCCAAGCCCAUUGGGUUUACCAUGUACACUACUUGCAUUGUCUGGUUAGCCUUCAUUCCUAUCUUCUUUGGGACAUCCCAGUCAGCGGAGAAGAUGUACAUUCAGACCACAACGUUGACCAUCUCAGUGAGCCUAAGCGCCUCUGUCUCAUUAGGCAUGCUCUACAUGCCAAAGGUCUACAUAAUCCUCUUCCACCCAGAGCAAAAUGUGCCCAAACGAAAGCGCAGUCUCAAAGCAGUUGUGACCGCAGCCACAAUGUCCAACAAAUUCACUCAGAAAGGAGGCUUUCGCCCCAAUGGAGAGGCCAAAUCAGAACUGUGUGAAAAUCUGGAAACACAAG